UAAGAAACUUAAGUAAUUAGCAUCCAUUUAGAGUCACUUAUAUUGACCUUGCGCAGUUGUGUUUCAGUAAGGUACAAAUUGUUACCCUCUUCCCAAAAUCGCUGCAUUCGACAGUUGUCAGUUGUGUCUCUCGGGGUGAACUUUAGACAGUGAAACCAAAAAUGGCAGGUGUUGUUUUCGAGGACAUAUUCAAUGUCAAGGACAUCGACAGAGAAGGCAAGAAAUUCGAUAGAGUGGUACGUUUGCACUGCGACAGCGAAUCUUUCAAGAUGGAUCUCAUAUUGGACAUCAACAGUUUAAUUUAUCCCAUGGAAUUAGGUGAUAAAUUUCGACUCGUUCUGGCAACAACGCUAAGAGAAGACGGUUAUCCCGACAGUCAGUAUUGGGAUCCCUCCGAGGUAGACGCUGUAGGUUCGAGGGCCGACAGUUUUGAUUACGUCAUGUAUGGGAAAGUUUAUAGGCUGGAUGGUGACGAUGAUUUGAGUGAUCAAUCUAGAAGACUGGCAGCCUAUCUGUCUUUUGGAGGACUGCUGAUGAGACUGCAAGGAGAUGCCAACAAUCUCCAUAAUUUUGAGUUGAAUCAAGAAAUGUAUAUCUUGCUCAAAAAGAUUUUUAUGUAA